GAGGGAGGCAGAGCUUCAAGGAGAAUGGGGAGGGGCUCUAAGGGACCGAGACAUUGGAGAGCUGGGAGUAGGGAGGAUGGAGGUUGUCCAGGAUUCUGGGCCUGCAAGGUGGGGGUCCCAGACCUCUGAGGAUUGGGGAGGGGGCAACAGGGAGAUAGGGAUCGCGGCUCAAAAGAAGCACCCCAAUUUUUGUCUCUUUUGCAGCUCCUGGAGAGGCUCCGCAUUGGGACAAAAAGGGGGGCACCACGCCCCACAACGGGCUCCCGAGAGGAAGAUAGCUGAUCCGCAGCUGUCCCCUGCCCCUCCAGCCAGGCUCUCCCAUGGAACGGGCAGGCCCCCUUUGAUUUUUCCACCAGAGGGGCCAGCCCCCCACCUCCCCAAAGGAUGUAACGCCCUCUCCGUGCGGGGGCAACUGCUCUGGCCAAGAGAGGGGGCCGCGGUGGUUCGACACCCCCCUCCCCCUCUCUCCGCAGUCUGGGGGGAUGAUGGCUUCCUAGCUGGCGAAGAUGGAGAAGGCCAUGAGCAAUCUGAGCGCCAUUGUGCCAGCCUCGCGGCUCACGCCGGCCUUCCCGCCCGCCGUCAAGGUGGGCCUGACGACGCUCUACACGGCCUUGUACGCCUUGCUUUUUUUCUCUGUCUACGCCCAGCUCUGGCUGGUCCUCCUCUACCGCCACAAAAAGUUCAGCUACCAGACCGUCUUCCUCUUCCUCUGCCUCUUCUGGGCCGCCCUGCGCACCACCCUCUUCUCCUUCUACUUCCGGAACACCCUCAAGGCCAACCGCUUGCACCCCUUCUUCUUCUGGCUGCUGUAUUGCUGCCCUGUCUGCCUCCAGUUCUUCACCUUGACCCUCAUGAAUCUCUAUUUUGCCCAGGUGGUUUUCAAAGCUAAAGCGAAAUAUCGUCCUGAAUUGAUCAAAGGCCUGUUGCUGGUGCGAGGGGUGUGCUUCGGGGCCAGCGUCCUCUUCCUGGCGGUGAACGUGGCGUGUGCCGUGCUGGUGCGGGCACGCCAGGCGGAACCCUGGGCCGUGGUCCUGGCACGCGUUCUCAUCAGCGACUCGCUCUUCGUGCUGGGAGCCGUCUCCCUCGCCCUCUGCCUCUUCCUCGUGGCCCGUGGCUCUCCCUCAACACGCAUCUACCUGGAAGCCAAGGGCACCACCCUGUGCCAGACGGCGGCCAUGGGAGGCACAAUCGUCCUGCUCUACGCCAGCCGCGCCUGCUACAACCUGGCUGCCUUGGCGCUCUCCUCCCGCACCCGGCUAGACUCCUUCGAUUACGACUGGUACAACGUCUCCGACCAGUCUCUCCCCCCCCCCUUCCAGGCUGACCUAAUAACAGAUCUCGGGGAUCAAGGUUACAUCGUCUUUGGACUCAUCCUCUUCGUUUGGGAGUUACUGCCCACCACGCUGCUGGUGGGCUUUUUCCGGGUGCAUCGGCCGGCGCAGGAUACGAGUGCCAGCCGCGUCUUCCAUCGGCAGCUGGGGGUCUCCCGAUCUUAUUUCUUCGACUAUCCUGGGCAGCGUGAAAACGAAGGACUGACCAGCAGCCUGGCCGGGCGAUCCAGCUGCGGGAGCUACUACGGUUCGAUCAAUCGUAACGGGGAGCACGACUGGUUCGGGGGCCACCCACCCACCGCCCCCCUCCUGUUCUCACAGGCUGCGGUCUCCGGCAGCCACCACCACAGCCUUUACUCCACCCCGCAGAACUGAGACACGGAUGCUGGACGGGAGGAAGACCUUCCCCCCCCCCACACACACACUUGCUGCUGCUAAAGGUUUCCUGUGUGUAUAAAUGAGUGCGGACGGGGGGGGGGGAAGACGACCGGCAUGCGAACAGGGUAUUUAGAUCCACACAAACCCCCCUCCCCUUAUCCCACCCUUCCCUGGAUUUUAGCCUGAAAACCUUCAGCUCCAUCCUUUUCCUUCCGGAGCUGGCUGGUUAUUAUUUUGCUGGAACCUCAAACCUCCCCGUUCCUACUUAAAUAUUCCCUAGAUAUUUAACCCAUAGUCUAUUUGAGAACACUAGCACUUUAAAUGACUCGGGAGGCGGGGGGGGCCUGGUUUUAUCUUCGAUGUUGUUGAAACGGAUUCUGUGAACUGGGUAGAGGGGCACUCUCUUUCUCUCCCUCCUUCCCCUCCCCUUCUUCCCCACAAAGCCGUAGGAUUCGGAAUAAGCUUCUGUGUUCCUUCGCUAACCACUUUGCCGUUAUUGGUGCUAUCUCAUCGCUUGCCCCUCCCCUUCCAAUAAAUGGAUUUUUGUGUUAGCGACA